UCAGUCGCUCGUGAAACGUUAAAACCCGCGAAACGGGUCGUCGCCUCGACUACGUUAUCUCAAAUUCUUCAAAAACAAUUCCUCGCGUUUCGAAAGCAGACAUAAGUAUACGACCGUUAAUAAACAAUUUGUCGCAGCAAAUAUCGUAAAGCAUAAGGUGCUGCGGAAGGUGUAAAAAAUAAACGGUACUCCUGCCCAAGAUGUCGGCGUCCAGCAAGCAGCAGGAGGCCGAGGAUAGCGAUCACAAUCCACAGGUGGUGGUCACGCCCACAGGCGCAGCGCACAGCAUACGGCACGAUCGCAGCCUCUGGCGAGAUCUGACCGCCUACUGGAUCCUGGGUCUAUGCAACAACUACGGCUAUGUGGUUAUGCUGAGUGCGGCGCACGACAUCAUAGCGCAGUUCAAUGAUGAACCUGAGGUGGGCGAGGUCGACGAUACGGGCAAGGGCCGGGAGUGCCAUUUGGUAUCGACGGGCGCCAUAUUGCUGGCGGAUGUUCUGCCCUCGCUGUUUGUCAAAAUUCUGAUGCCCUUCUUUCCCUUCUGGGUUAAUGUACGCAUAGGCAUAGCUGUGGCCUGCUCAGCAGCGGGUUUCCUGUUUGUGGGCUUUGCAAAUGCCGAGUGGAUGGCACUGCUGGGCGUCAUUAUUACCUCGGCCAGCAGCGGCAUUGGCGAAACAACCUUCCUGGCUUACUCCUCGCGCUUCAACAAAAAUGUCAUCUCCACCUGGUCCUCGGGCACUGGCGGUGCUGGAGUCAUUGGCUCACUCAGCUAUGCCUCGCUGCGCUCUCUGGAUGUCAGUCCGCGUGAUACGAUGCUGAUCAUGUUGAUCUUUCCGGCCAUUGAAGCGUUCGCCUUUUGGCUGCUCUUGCGUCGCCCUCAAGUGCUGCCCGUCACCACAGUCGAGUCGACCGAGGAGCUGAUCAGCGACGAAAAGCCCCUGGUGGGCUUCAAGGAGAAGCUGUCCUACAUUAAGCAUCUGUUUAAGUAUAUGCUGCCGCUGUGCCUGGUCUACUUCUUCGAGUACUUUAUCAACCAGGGACUGUUCGAGCUGGUUUACUUUGAGAACAUCUUCCUGGACAAGGCGUCGCAGUAUCGCUGGCUGAACGUGGACUACCAGAUAGGCGUGUUCAUCUCUCGCUCCUCCGUCAACAUUUUCCAGCUGAACAAAAUCUGGCUAAUGUCCGUGUUCCAGUGCAUCAACGUUGUCUACUUCCUGACUGAAGUCAUUUGGUUCUACACGCCCACCAUUUGGAUUGUGUUUGUCAUCGUGCUGUGGGAGGGCCUGCUGGGCGGCGGUGCCUAUGUGAACACCUUCUAUCGCAUGUCCAAGGAAAUAGCGCCGGGUCGACAACAGUUCGCCAUGUCCAUGGUCGUCCAAUCCGAUUCAUACGGCAUUGCGCUGGCCGGAUUCCUGGCAAUACCUGUGCAUAAUGCGAUUUGUGAGCUGCCGGCGGCUGUGCGCAGUGUCGUCUGGUGAUGGAAAGAGAAUAUAUAUAUAUAUUUACAUAUAUGUAUAUAUAAAUCUAUAUAGAACAUAGAGCGAGCUCAUAAUGAGUAUUUAAUGCCUUUAAAUUAGCUAAUGUAUGUUUGAAUGUGUGUGUUUGGGUACAUUUUAUAUUAUCUAUGUGUGUGUGUCUGAGUGUGUCGUUGCCUUGCUGAGGCCCAUUUAAUUUAGAAUUUAGUUAAAUAGUGCUUGUAGACACUUGUAACCAAAGGUGUAAAUUGUAUUAAACUAGACAUAAAGAACGUGUAUAAUAAUAAUAUUCAAUAACCGCAGCAAACAGCUGUGAGAAAAAAAAAAAAAAAAAAAAAAAAACCGCUGAACAAUUAAAAAGACAAUGGACAAUAAACAAUACGAAAAUUGACUGUGAUUAACAGA